AAAUCUGUCACCCUGGGCCGUGACCUCUAAGCAUACGCUGCCCGAUUCGCUCUGGAAAUCUUACUGUACGAAUGAAAAUUCAGUGAGCGGAGAGAGCUUCCCUUCAAUCCUUCCUUGUCUGCUACCAAUUCGUGUUCUUCUUCCUUCCAUGGACGACAUCACUGCGUAUUACCCACCGCCGCCGCCGCCGUCAGCUCUCCACAAUCCUCAGUACCCAUAUUAUCCUCCACCGCCAGCGCCACCUCAUGGGUUGGCCGUUGCAGGACCUCCACCAACCCUCCCUCAUCAGGGUCACUUACCUCAGCAAUACCAGCCUCAGCCUUCCUUCGCUCACUAUGCUCCCGGACCUCCUCAACCUCUGCAAGAUGAGGUUCGAACCCUUUUCAUUGCAGGGCUUCCUGAAGACGUCAAGCCUCGCGAGAUUUACAAUCUCUUUCGGGAGUUCCCUGGUUAUCAGUCUUCCCAUCUCAGGAGCUCCAAUAAAAGUUCACAGGCUUUUGCUUUUGCUGUCUUCUCCGAUCAACAGUCCGCAGUGGCAGCAAGGCAUUCAUUGAAUGGAUUGGUGUUUGACCUUGAGAAGGAGUCAACCUUGUAUAUAGAUCUUGCAAAAUCAAAUUCUAGAUCUAAGCGCUCCAGAACAGAAGCAGAUGAUGGAACGGCUGGUUCUUCUGAAAAGAAAGUUAGGGGCUCUGCUGCAUAUCCAGGAGGAAUUUCUGACUCUGGUGUUGGCAGCAAUAUUCACAUGCCUGGAAUGAGUAAUUCUGCUUACAACAUGAUUGGUUAUCCAUCUACACAAAGUCAUGGGGACUUUGGUGGUGGUAUUGGUGGUGCCAGUCUAGUGGCCACUAUGAAAUUGAGUAAUUCAUCAGCACCUUAUGUUCCACAAAACACUGUACCAUGCCCAACACUUUUCGUGGCGAAUCUGGGGCCAGCAUGUUCUGAGCAGGAGCUAACAGAAGUAUUUUCAAGAUGCCAUGGAUUUUUGAAAUUGAAGAUGCAAAACAGAUUUGGAGCGCCAGUUGCAUUUGUUGAUUUUCAGGAUGUUGAUUGUUCUGCCACUGCCCUAAAUCAUCUUCAAGGAACUCGUCUUUACUCAUCAACUGAUGAUGAGGGCAUGCGCUUGGAGUUUGCAAAAUCACGAAUGGGGUUGCGUAAGAAGCUGACAUAGAUGUAACAUAGAACAAGUGAAGGAUGCAUUUUCUCGUAAUCAUUGACCAGAAUGGACAUCAGCUAUUUGUGUGGUUAAUGGGAGAAAGCUGCUUCGUGUGGAAGUCACUAUGCUUUUCCAGGUGUAUUUCCUUUUUCAACCAUGGGGUCGGCCUAUUCAGGGCAUUUAUGAUUGGAGUGGCAUUCACUGCCUCCUAACAAUGUGGUGACAGAUUCUUUUUUCGGUGAGUAGAUGGGUUACAGGUCUGGGCAUGGAAAUUGAGGAGAGAAGAAUGAUUAACAUUUACACUGUCGUGUUGUUGGAAUUCAGUUAUUGAAAUCCUACAUUCCUUUUGCUAUUAUAGUUUCUUGAAUUUAAGUUCCUAGUAAAUUAAGAUCCUAAUAAUUUACCAACAUUUCUUUUUCGAUUGUAUUUAAUUACACUUUGUUAGUAGUUUCAAGUGGUGAAUUGUAGAUCCAGUCCUUCCAAGGAAAAAUUCCAUGUCCAACUAGUUAGUAUCAUCUCAGUGAGCCAUGCCAACCUACUCUUGGUAAACUCAUUUAAAUGACAAGUUGGUAUUGCAUCUCCAAA